CUUUAUUACAAAAGCCGACCGGUUCGGAACAGCAUCUAGCAAGAAGUGAAAGUGAAAUAAGAAACCUCCCGCCAUAGUUGCAUUUUUGUUUAAACUGUCCAUUGCUUUCUGUUAUAAAACUGUAAUUGAAUAAGAGAGGUCAACUAAAAUGGUGAAUCUAUCCGCAUUACUCAGGCUCCCUGCUGCCAUGGGGAACCCUAAGCUGAAGACGGUUCCAAAGUCCAUCUACAGCCACCUGCGAGGAUUCCCGGUCGUGAACGGUGAGGUCACACAACUCUCUGCCAAGGUACGUGACUUUGUGGAACAAUCGGCAACCCUUUGCCAACCUGACAAAAUUCACAUCGUCGACGGCAGUGAAGUUGAGAGUAACUCCCUGCUGAAGAUGCUCCAUCAACAAGGAACAAUCCAACCACUGCGAAAGUACGAGAACUGUUGGUUGGCGCGAACGAACCCAGCUGACGUUGCCCGAGUCGAAUCGAAAACGUUCAUCUGCACCGAGAAGAAAGAAGAAGCCAUUCCCACGCCGAAAGAUGGAGUUAAGGGAACUCUUGGAAACUGGAUUUCCACUGAAGAUUACGAUUCGGCCAUCGCAGCACGUUUCCCAGGUUGCAUGAAGGGUCGCACCAUGUACGUCGUGCCCUUCUCUAUGGGACCGAUCGCAUCUCCCUUGGCAAAGGUCGGUGUUGAAAUCACCGAUUCCGCUUAUGUCGUCAACUCGAUGCGGAUUAUGACCCGAAUGGGCGAAGAAGUGCUGGACAAGCUGUCAGAUAACUCGGACUUUGUGAAAUGUCUUCAUUCGGUUGGAACCCCUGCCAACGGAAAAAUCUCCAUGCCAUCAUGGCCUUGCGACCCGGAACGAACAAUUAUUCUCCACAAACCGGCCAACAACGAAAUCGUUUCCUACGGAUCCGGUUACGGUGGCAACUCCCUGCUUGGCAAAAAGUGCCUGGCUCUCCGAAUAGGCAGCACCAUCGCUCGUCGUGAGGGUUGGCUCGCUGAACACAUGCUUAUUCUCGGCAUUACAAACCCGAACGGAGAUAAGAAAUACAUUGCUGCCGCCUUCCCGUCUGCGUGUGGUAAAACAAACCUCGCAAUGAUGAACCCCACACUGCCGGGGUACAAAGUCGAAUGCGUCGGUGAUGACAUUGCCUGGAUGAAGUUCGAUUCCAAAGGUCAACUGAGGGCCAUCAACCCAGAAAAUGGAUUCUUCGGCGUAGCUCCAGGAACCUCAUCCGCAACAAACCCGAAUGCAAUGAGCACCAUCCACAAGAACACCCUUUUCACGAACGUUGCUUCUACAUCAGAUGGAGGAGUGUUCUGGGAAGGAAUGGAUGAAGAACUAGCCCCUGGAACCCAAAUUACCGACUGGCUUGGUCAACAGUGGAAGAAAGGCGAAUCUAAGAAUCCAGCUGCUCAUCCAAAUUCCCGUUUCUGUGCCCCAGCAGGUCAAUGCCCAAUAAUUGAUCCCGCAUGGGAAGACAGCGAGGGAGUCCCAAUUUCAGCUAUUCUGUUCGGGGGACGACGACCCACAGGUGUUCCUCUGGUCUAUGAAGCCAACUCCUGGUCCCAUGGAGUCUUCAUCGGUUCAGCAAUGCGUAGUGAAGCUACCGCUGCCGCAGAACACAAGGGCAAAGUCAUCAUGAACGAUCCGUUCGCGAUGCGACCAUUCUUCGGCUAUAACUUUGGUGAGUACCUUCAACAUUGGCUCAGCAUGGAAGGACGGGCGGCCGCCGUAAACGGCGAAAUGCCCAAGAUUUUCCACGUCAACUGGUUCCGAAAGGACGACCAAGGGAAAUUCCUCUGGCCAGGAUUUGGCGAGAACAGUCGUGUGCUGGAUUGGGUCCUCCGGCGGAUCGACGGCGAAGAAUGCUACCAACAGACCCCAAUCGGACGCAUUCCAAAACCCGGCUCCAUCAACAUGGAAGGACUCGGGCAGAGGGUCGAUGAGAAACAACUGUUCUCCAUUCCAAAGUCGUUCUGGCAAAAGGAAGUUGAGGAAAUCAAGCAAUACUAUGACAACCAACUGCCCCACGAUCUGCCCCAGGUGAUCGGCAAAGAGUGGCAAGAACUGAAGAGCCGCGUGGAAGACAUGUAAGAACUGCGUUGAUGUACAAAAAAAUCCUAGAUUAAGCCUUGUAAUUUAUGACACAAAAUAGCCUUAGUGUUCUUUUAAGUAUUAACGUGUACACGAGUAGUGUAAAUAUAUGUCUUAAGAUCUGUUUUAAUUAUAAA